UAGUGGGUUUAGGGCCUGGGAUCGCUCGGCCCGGGCAGCUUGGGAGCCCGUGACAGGACGGAGCGGCGCCAUCCCUGAGGCCUGCUGACUGGCAGACUGCGCUCCCUGCGGAAGUCGGCAGCGAGCAUCUGCGACCGCGGAGCGGCGGCGGGCGGCCCCGGGCAUGUAUGCCCCCGGAGGCGCUGGGCUGCCCGGAGGGCGCCGGCGGAGGAGCCCGGGAGGCAGCGCUCUGCCCAAGCAGCCGGAGCGUAGCCUCGCCUCGGCCCUGCCCGGCGCCUUGUCCAUCACGGCGCUGUGCACUGCCCUCGCCGAGCCUGCCUGGUUGCACAUCCAUGGUGGCACCUGUUCCCGCCAGGAGCUGGGGGUCUCCGACGUACUGGGCUACGUGCACCCGGACCUGCUGAAAGAUUUCUGCAUGAAUCCCCAGACGGUGCUGCUCCUGCGGGUCAUUGCAGCCUUCUGCUUCCUGGGCAUCCUGUGCAGUCUCUCCGCGUUCCUUCUGGAUGUCUUUGGCCCCAAGCAUCCAGCCCUGAAGAUCACCCGUCGCUAUGCCUUUGCCCACAUCCUCACAGUCCUGCAGUGUGCUACUGUCAUCGGUUUUUCCUACUGGGCUUCCGAACUCAUCCUGGCCCAGCAGCAGCAACAUAAGAAGUACCAUGGUUCCCAGGUGUAUGUCACCUUUGCUGUUAGUUUCUACCUGGUGGCAGGAGCUGGCGGAGCCUCAAUCCUGGCCACAGCAGCCAACCUCCUGCGCCACUACCCUACAGAAGAGGAGGAGCAGGCGCUGGAGCUGCUGUCUGAGAUGGAGGAGACCGAGCCUUACCCCUCGGAAUAUGAGGUCAUCAACCAAUUCCAGCCACCCCCGGCCUACACACCCUAAUGCCAGCCUGGGCUUUCUGCCUCCCUGCUCCCACUCCGUGGCUCCUCCCACACCCAGAGGCUGCCUUCCCCCAGGAGGCCUCACUGGUAGGAUCCUGAGCAUCUUCAUCAAAUCUUCCCCAGGAGAGACUCUGCCUUUGGGGUUGUUCAUGGAUCCCUGCUCCUGAAACCUGGGGUUCACGGAUUUUAUAUCAUGCACUGUUUCCCCUCUUGCCACCUUCCUGUCCCUGAGGUCACUAGUCAUUACCAACCAGGGAUGGUCAUAUAAGUUUUCUUCCUUCAUGGGCCAUAUCUUCCAGACCAGAACUUUCUUUCCUUGGGAAGCUGCUGACAGUGGACAGCCUCAGGUAGAGGUGACAACAGGCCCAAGGGAAAGAGGACUGUGCCCUACAGGCUUCCUUUGUGAUGGUCAGCGUUUGUUCCACAGCUGCAGCUGUGGGCAGACCCACCCCAUUCCUUCUCAGUGCCCAGGGCCAGGCCGCCCGCUCUGCGGACUUCUCUGCACUUUAGUCUUUGGACUUCCCGUCCUCCAUGUUCUGGUUUAACAGGGAGAAGGAAUUGCUGUUGGGAAGCAGAGCGAGUCUUCUCCCUGCCCUGCCCUGGCUUGGGUGGCUGGAGCCCAGGCCAGGACAGAGCAGGUGUGGGUCUGAGACCACCUGGUGCCCAGAGAGGACCAGAGUGAAGGGGGCUGAACCACCCCAGCCCCUUCACUUUUGAAAAUUGAGUGGCUUUAAAAGGAAAAAACAAAACCAGGCAACAGCAAUGAUAAUCUGUUUUUAAACUCGC